UGAAUGUAGCAUAAUGUAGAAAAUUGAAAGUUUCGCUAAAAUAAAUACGAACAAAUGGAUAGAACAAGCAAGGAUUUAACAGAAAAUAUAUUGAACAGUGAUCUCACAUUAUUAAACAAUUUCACAAUGCCUUCACAACAAUCGACCAAGAAAAAGAAAUGGGCAAUGUCCUUGAAGAAGUAUUCCAAUAACGAGGAUAAUGCAGAAGACAGUGAUACAGAGUGUUCUAUUGUAAAUUCUCCAAUUCCUAUUAGUUGUAAGAGAGUAAGGAGUAGUAAUUCACAGAACAGAAAGUCCAAAAAAUCUAAAAUAUUUGAUAUGACUUUUAAUGAGUCACUAAUAAGCUUGAAAGACUGCACCAACAUGUUCAGUCAGAAAGGUAUUAAGGAGUUGAAUGCUGCAAACAAAAUUCCAAGUCCUUUGAGUGAUAAUGAUGAUUUGUUUAAAGACCUUUUAACUCCAAGAUCUCCAACUACUAUUAGAGUGAAAACAACACAAGAGAAUUGCAACUUUGAGUUUUCACAGCUCUUUAACAGCACACAAAUAUUGAAACAAAUAGAUGAGGUUUCAAAAAUCACUGAUGAUCAUCUUCCAAAAUUAAAUAGCAAUAACCCUGUGAAAGAUACCUACAUUCCUGCAUUUGUCAGUGAUGAAGAUUUGGAUUUGUUUGAGGAAGACAUGACUGAAACUAAUUUGACUAAUGAUACAAGUAAACCAUCUACAAGUAAAAAAUUUAAAGCCUUAUCACAUCUUGAUGAUAUCUUCAAUACUCAACCUAUGAAAAAGCAAAAUGAUAAUAGAGAGAUACCAGUUUCAAAAGAAAUAUCUGAAAAGUUAAGAUUCACUGAGACUAGCCAAAAGAACAAAUUAAAGGAACCAGAAACUAAUAAAGAAAAUUGCAACAAUUUGAAAACUGCAAUAGUUUGUGAAAACAGCCAAAAGUUCAAAAUGCCAGCAGUUCCAAAAGAUAAGCCUUCAAAAUUUAGUUUUACUCAAUUCUGUGAAAGUAGUCAAGCUCUGAAACAUAUUGACGAGGUUGAAGCUGGAUGUUCAAAACAGAUAGAUAAACGAGUAUCUGAUUACAGCCAGCUCUGCAAUACGCAAUUCACGCAACAGGUUGAAAGGAUUAAUUCGCCGAAAAACAAUGUUUUGUCGAAAUCAAAAGAAACUGUUGGUUUUGGAAGCAGUAAGUACAGAGAGGAAAUGGAUACGCUUUUUGAUGAUCUGGAGAGUUCGAUCUGCUACGGUGGUAAAAAGACGCCGACCAAAAAAGCCAUAACGGAUUUACUGGAGCAAACGUUCAGAAGUCCACAAAUCAUAAAGAAAGCUAUUCAACAAGCGGAGAAAUCACUGAUGACUGCACCUGAAGAGUGGAAAGACGACUCGUUACUCGCCGAUGCUCUAAUUAACAUGUCAGUGGAAGGUCAGAGCAUUGGGGAUUUGAUGAAGAAAGCUUUGAUGAACAACGUGGAUAAAUGUGUUUCACCACCGAAGAUCUUCAACGAGACGGUGUGCGAGGAAAAGGUGAAUUUCAGGAGUUACGGCCAGUUUUACGGGCUUCCAGAUAAGGUGAAAGAGCUGGUGAAAACAUAUAAAGGAAUCGAUAAGCUAUAUGAUUGGCAAAACGAAUGCUUGAAUUUACCGGCGAUAAAAUCGCGAAAGAAUCUGAUUUACGCGCUACCCACAAGCGGAGGUAAAACUCUCGUUGCCGAAAUCUUGCUUUUGCGCGAAGUUUUGUGCAGGCGAAAGAACGUUUUAUUCGUUUUACCCUUUGUAGCAAUUGUACAAGAGAAGGUUUGGUCGCUUUCGCCUUUUGCAGUUGAUCUGGAGUUUCUUGUGGAAGAAUAUGCAGCUGGUAGAGGUAAUUUCCCUCCAAGGAAGCGGAGAAAGAAAAAUUCUGUUUAUAUAGCAACCAUUGAGAAAGCCUUAGGUUUGAUUAACAGUUUAAUCGAAAACGACAGGCUGAAUGAGCUGGGGUUGAUUGUCGUCGACGAACUCCAUUUGGUGGGCGACAACAGCAGAGGUCCUAAUUUAGAAGAACUUUUAACUAAAGUCUUGGUCUCGAAGAAUGACAUUCAAAUAAUCGGCAUGAGCGCAACCAUAGGGAAUUUGAAGGAUAUAUGCACGUUUUUGAAAGCUGAUGUGUAUGUGAAUGACUUUCGGCCGGUCGAAUUGGUAGAGUACAUCAAGUGCGGAGACGAAAUCGCUAAAGUUGAUGUUACCACUGAAGAGAUUUUCAUUUUCGAAAGAAAAGUGAACUAUAAGUACGCUGAUUCUCUUAUACAAAUCGACCCUGAUCAUUUAGGAGGAUUAGUUAUGGAAGUUAUCCCCAACGAUUCGUGUUUGGUUUUCUGUCGAAGCAAGAAAAAUUGCGAAAAUGUUGCUAUUUUGCUUAGCAAAGUGGUUUUCGGAAAGCUGAAAACGUACAAAAGCAACGAGAAACUGCAUAUUUUGAAAGCGCUAGAGGAAGAGAGUGGUAACUUAUGCAGUAUUCUGAAAACUUCUAUACUUUAUGGAAUUGCCUACCAUCAUUCUGGUUUAACAUCCGAAGAGAGGAAAAUAAUAGAGGAAGGUUUCAGGCGUGGCGUGAUUUCAGUAAUUUGCUGUACAUCAACCUUGGCAGCCGGUGUUAAUUUGCCUGCAAAAAGGGUGAUAGUUAGAAAUCCGUACAUAGGAAGAGAUUUCAUUAAUCUAUCUAGGUACAAGCAGAUGGCCGGAAGGGCUGGACGCGCUGGUUUAUCCGAAUUGGGUGAAAGUGUAAUUAUUUGCGCCCCAAAUGAACUGAACGAAGUUCGCAAAUUGUUUCUUUCUCCGAUGGACGUUGCGAUGUCCAGCAUGCAUGAAAAUGAAUCCAGAGGCUUACGGCAUUUCUUGUUGAGCUGUAUUAGUUUGGGUCUAGCCAACACUAAGAAUAAGCUUCAUGAGGCAGCAAACUGUACAUUGUUGGCAGUGCAGAAAGAUUGUUUGGAGGUGGAUCUAAAAGGACUCGUGAAGUCGGCCAUAAGGGAAUUGUUCAAAAUGGGAGCACUGCAAGUGCAAGGAAACGAGACGGAAGUGAUUACAAAAAGAAACAACGUGACUUUUGCCUUGGAUACAAGUGUUGGAGCUACUCAACAAGUGUCUGAAGCACCGGAAACUUCGGAAAAAACUGUGAUCAGAGUCACCAAUGAUAGUAUUCUUGUGAUAAGUCAAAUGGGACAUGCAGCAAUAAAAGGUGGUUUAGAUUUAGCUAAAGCUCAUAUGCUUUAUGAGGAUUUACUGGAAGCCCAAUUUAAGUUAGUUUUAUUAACUGGUUUACACCUCAUGUACCUGGUAACACCUUACGAUUUAUCAGAGCAAAUCAACCCAUCUUUAGCUACCUAUUACAAUAUAUACAACAAAUUGAACAACAGGGAGUUACAAACAGCUAAAGUUCUUGGAUUAACGGAAGCUGUGGCUGUUAAGAUGAUAACGAACAAGAAAAUCACUGAAGUGUCCAAGCGUGUCAUGAACAGAUUCUAUGUGACCCUCAUGUUGUACGAUCUGUGGAAUGAAAUGUCCGUCUAUGAUGUGGCGAUUAAGUACGAUAUAAAUCGCGGUUUGAUUCAAAAUUUGAUGACUUCCGCGUCGACGUUUGCCUCGAACGUCUACCAUUUCUGUGAAGAGUUCGAAGAGUUCUGGGCUUUCUCCCUGUUGAUCAAGGGGAUGAGCGAACGGCUUUCGCAUUGUUGCGUCAAAGAAUUGGUACCGCUCAUGACACUGCCUUCUGUUAAACAAAACCGCGCUCGACAAUUAUUCCAAGCGGGGUACAAAACUUUGCAAAGUGUUGCAAAGGCAAAACCUGAAGACCUUAUGAACGCCAUUGAAUACAUGUCAAGAAAAUUAGCAAACCAACUGAUUGCUGCAGCCAAGAUGAUAUUAUUGGAGCGAGUUGAAAACUUGCGAGAGGAAGCAGAAGACGUACUUGAAGGUAUUGGUAAUUAGUUAUUUCUUUUUAUAAGUAUAAUACAGAAUUUAUGUAAAUACAUUUUACUUUGUAUUACUUCACGUUACGUUUUGUA